AUGGUGAAACCCCAUAGGAGGGAUUGGAGCUCUAAGCUUGGAGAUGCACUAUGGGCCUACCAGAUGGCUUAUAAGACACCAAUCGGCAUGAGUCUGUUCCGGUUGGUCUACAGAAAGGCAUGCCACCUUCUGGAAGAAAUUCAGCAUAAGGCGUAUUGGGCCAUCAAGGAAUGUAAUUCAGGGUUAGGUGGAGUCGGAAUUGAUAGAAAAUUGCAAUUGGAGGAAUUAGAGUGCAUAAGAUUAGAGGCAUAUAAGAAUUCAAGAAUCUACAAGGAAAAGGUGAAGGCGGUGCAUGACCGGAAUAUCAAAAGAAGAAAGUUUAGAGUUGGAGAUCAAGUGCUUCUUUGUAGCACAAAUCCCUACACUUUCGUACUGAUGUACCAGCAAGUCUUAGUCAGGCAGAUCGAAAGGCUAUAUGUGAUCAAAGCCAUGGGCCGUGGUCAUUGA